UAUAAUAUCUCUCAAUUUUUGAAUUUUAUUUUUUCCCUCUUUUUUUGUAUUUUAUAUUAUAUUAAUAUUGAUCACCUACACUGCUCAGGUAUUCCCACUUAUUAAUUAGUUGGUUAUUUAAAUAAAAUAAACCCAAAGGGAACAAGUGGGGUUUUGAAAGGAAAAAAAUUAAAAAUUAAUCCUAUAAAUAAGCCUAUCCUUGCAUCAAAUAAACAAAUAAAAAUUAUAAGUUUUCACUUAUUCAUUUGAGACUAUGUGGUAGUAAAGCAAGUUGCUGUAUUGAUUAUUUUAAUUUAAUAUCUUAAAUGGAAUGUACCAAAAAAAUUAAACUCUCAUCACGGGCAGCGGUCAGUCUGCCCGCAUUUGUCCCAUAUAAACAGCUAACACACCUAGAAUUCCGAAAUCUUGGUUUAUUUCUCUGUUUUACCUCGGUAGGGUUUUCACAUUCUUUUUUUCUCAAUUAGGGCUUUUCAAGUAAGCUAAAGCUUAUACGGAAAACAGGGUUUUGGGGAUUUUUUUUCUUUCUUCUUCAUCUUUAAUUUCAAAGUCAUGAUUCUGUCAAGGUUUUGAGUAGUGUUCUGUUCUGCUAAGGUUUAAAGUGACCUUUUGUUAGCAUUUAUAAGAAAAAAGAAAUAGCAGAGAAAGAGAUAUAUUUAUAUACAGUCUCUCUGAUCAGCGUCAUGAUUAUGAUCUCCAAUACGGGUUUGUUCUAAAGUCUUGAUCUUUACAGAAGAAGAAGCCUUAAAAGCGUGUCUGUAUAUAUAUAUAUACAUAUAGGGUACAAGUUUAAGUUUUUCUGUCUUGGGUUUCUCUCUGUUUUUUCUUUCCCUUAUUGUAAAAGUAGUCAUUUCUUCAAAUGGGGCCUUCUGGAAGAACAAGAACAAGAACAGCAGCAAGAAAGAGUAGUAGUAGUAGUAGCAGAAGUAUUAACAAAAGAAAAAGAAAAAGUCAUCAGUUGAAGAAGAAUGUAGUUGAACGACAAAAGAAUGAAGAAACGACAACAAAUGGUAUUCAUUCAUCAUCAUCGCCGUUGUCGUUUUCGUCUUCUUCCAACGACGAUGAGUUGCCUAAAACAGAAGGCAUUGAGUUUGAAGCAGUGGACGACGUCGUUUCAACAAGCAGCAAUAGCGGUUGUUCAACACCCAAAGGUAAGAGAUUUCGUAUACCAGAUGUGGUCACGUGUCCACCAGCACCAAAAAAACAAAGGGUUAUUUCUACUAAUUUCUCCCUUCAGAGAACUCCAAUUGCUUUCUUUGCUCCACCAGAUUUAGAGCUUUUCUUCUACUUAGCUGUUCGCGGUAUUUCAGUUUGAAAUAAAAAGGAAGAAAAAAAAAAUAGUAUUAUUAUUAAUAAUGUGUGUGUGUGACUACUCUUCAUAAUAUAAUUUUUAUAUAUUAUGGACCAACUUUUAAUUAGUCUUUAUUUUGAUUGAUCAUAGCGUUUGAAUGAUUUUCAAGAGAGAGAGAUUACUACUACUGCUAUUAGCUUUUGCUUCUUUUAUUAAUUAACAAUAGUUAAUUUGAGUUAUUGGGUUUCAAAUUUGUAGGGUAUACUAAUGAUCAAGUAAUAGUGUAGUGAUGGAGUACUUAAUAUUGCUGUAUAUUAGUAUUUUCUAAUAUGUAUGUGGCUGACCAUAUGGUGGGAGUAUAAGAAAGUGCUCUGAGUUUGAUUUC